GGGAUUACUGAGAACCAAAAUGAUGAGAAACGUACUGACGGAGGAAAUAGAUCGCGGACAAGAUGAACUUAGGUGUCGAACUGUCAGGCGAGAAGGCGGGCGGAUAUCGCAACGAUGGAUAUUGGCAGUUAUGGGAUGUCUGGCAGCCGCAAACGCUUUCAUGAUGAGAACCUGCUUGUCAGUUGCCAUCACGGAGAUGGUCGCCAAAACUGAAACGUCGAACGAUACAAGCUUGGACGAUACUUGCCCAGCAUCCGAAUCAACAUUAUCGUCGACGCCAAGUACCAGUGGAACUUACGAAUGGAGUGAAUACACGCAAGGAAUCAUUCUAUCCAGUUAUGCAUGGGGCUACAUAGUAGCUCAAAUACCAGGUGCAAUGAUGGUUGCCAAGUUUGGAGGCAAAUGGCCUCUUGGUGUCGGUCUCUUGAUGGCUGGUGUGCUGACGCUACUGACGCCAACGGUGGUCGAGGCUUACGAGGCCAAGGGUUUGAUAGCCCUCCGUAUCCUGAUCGGGCUAAGCGGUGGGGUGCUUUCACCUUCUUUCGGCUUCCUCACAGCGCACUGGGCAUCACCAAACGAGCGAUCAAAAAUUGGCAACACGAUAAGUUCCGGGGCAUUCUUAGGAAUAGUAAUAGCAAACGCACUAUCCGGAGUGCUUAUAGAAAACUUCUCGAUCGGUUGGCCGAUCGUGUUCUAUUUCUUCGGAAGCUUCUCUGUGAUUUGGUUUCUCGUAUGGACAGUCCUCUGCUACAGUCGACCCGAGGACCACCCCUUCAUUACAGAUGAGGAGAAGAAACACCUCGCGGAAACCACAAUGCAACUCAACACUGGGAAGAAGCACGGAGAGACUCCAGCGAUUCCGUGGCGACAAAUACUGUCCUCCCCACCGUUCUGGGCACUGACGAUGGCCAGUGUAUGUCACGACUGGGGUGGCUACAUGAUGUUGACGAACCUGCCAAAGUACAUGAGCAGCGUCCUGAAAUAUUCAAUCCAGUCGAAUGGUCUGCUCUCGGCGCUGCCAUUCCUAAUCAAAUGGUUAGUAAUCAACGCCUCAUCCUGGAUGUCGGAUUGGCUGAUAAAAGAGGGCAAGCUAUCGAGGACAAAAGUGCGAAAAAUCUUCGGCACAAUUGGUGGUCCUGGGAUGGCAGUUUUUCUAAUCGGUGCGUCGUAUGCUGGGUGCAACCGGACGUUAGUCGUCACCUUCUUUUCCUUGGGAAUGGGAAUGAUGGGCAACUUGAUCUCUGUGGUCGUAGUUAACAACGUUGACCUGAGCCCAAAUCACGCGGGAACCUUAAUGGGCACUAUAAACACAGUUACUGCCCUCACGGGAAUCGCAGCUCCCUAUGCUGUCGGCGUUCUAACGCCGAAUCAGACACUUUCGGAGUGGAGAAUCGUCUUUUGGAUCACAGUCAUUUUAUUGUUCACGGGAGCGCUGAUAUUCGUUAUCUGGGGCGAUGGUGAAGUUCAGUCCUGGAACCAUCCGAACUACGUCGAUCGAAAACGGACGAAGGUUGAAAGCGGAGAACAAGCGGAUGAAGAAAGGAAAUCCCUGGCUUCAUAAUUCCGAAAGCUCCAGCAAGUUCUUCCGACAU